CUGACUGACACCUGAGCAAAGACGUCACGCGUUAACGCCUCACACCCGGAAAUGCUGAGCCACAAGUCCCUGCAGCCUCGAACGCAACGGUCUUUUUGAGAGCCUACAAAUUGUCGACAGUCGAGUGCAUCUGAUUCUGGUCGCCAAUUGCUCCUAACUUACCUAAUUCCUUCCGCAACUUCCCACUGGUAUUGGGAAUCUCUCAGCAUGCCGUCGAAUCUACCAUAUGCCGCAGACGCAGAAAGUCCCUUGAAGCCCGCAGAACUUCAGGUCCUCCGAGCGCAAUACGAGAAAGAAGGCGACUAUGUCGGGGUCCAGACGAAGUUCAACUAUGCUUGGGGAUUAAUCAAGUCAGAUCAACGGAGCGAACAGCAACUGGGUGUGCAGCUGCUAUCCGACAUUUUCAAGACCACACCCGAGCGAAGGCGAGAAUGCCUGUACUAUCUGGCCUUGGGCAACUACAAGUUGGGAAACUAUGCUGAAGCAAGACGAUACAACGACCUUCUCUUGGACAAAGAACCAAGCAAUUUACAGGCCGGAAGCUUGAGGCAGUUGAUUGACGAUAAGGUGUCAAGGGAAGGAUUGAUGGGCAUUGCCAUUGUCGGUGGUGCCGCUGUUGUUGCCGGCAUCGUAGGUGGAAUACUCAUGAGGGGCUCGAGGAAGAGGUGAUGCUGUACAUUCACAUGGAUUGCUGGUAAAUCAAAGUGAGCGUAACAGGACAGCGACGUCGCUGUCCAGCAAUUGUACGAUAAUGACCGGGGUUUGGGCUCAUAAUCUUGAUGCCUGGCUUCAAGUUUGGAGGGAAUCAUUCAGAACAAAAUGGAAAUGUAUUUGACCAUAAACAAGAACAAGCAAGCUUGUGGAUUUCCUCU